AGUGAGGACUUGCUGGAGUAACGCACACUCCACUCCCAGUCCGGCCGUCCCCGAGUCCCGACUCCGACCGACACACCCGCGCUCCGGCGCCUCAGCGAUCGCGACGCCCCACCGCACCGCGACACCGAUCCCCCGCCCUCCUCCACGCUGUCUGUCGGCGCCCGCCAAGCCCACCGUCCCCAGCUCCGCCCAACCACCCCAAAUCUCGCGCCUCCCCCCCCCCCCCCCCCCCCCCCCCCCCCCCCCCCGAAUCCCAGCCGAUACAGACACACCACGCCCGCUCUCCACUUCUCGUCCCCCAGAUCCGCCCCGCCCGACGCGAGAUGCUCGUCCAGGACCGCGCGUCCCCGCACGCGGCCGCCGCGGGCCAGAAGCCGUCCUCGUCCCCGCGCGGCGCGCCGGGGGCGGACCGCCGGCACCCGCGGCCCUUCGCCAAGAACCUCGACUUCGCCACAUGGGCGUCCGAGCACUCCUCCAAGCUCCUGCUCCUCCUCCUCGCGAUCGCAUCCGCCGCCGCCGUCUUCCUCCUGCGCGGCGCGGCCCCCGACGCCGCCGCGCUGCUCUGCCUCGACCGCUCCGCCCGCUCGCGCUCGGGCGCCCCCGCCAAGCUCCCGUACCCGGACGUCGCCUGGUCCAAGGUCCCGCCGCUCGCGAUCGCUGCGGGUAGCCCCUUCGCGUCAUUCCGGGCGGAGCGGUGGAUCGUGGUCGCUGUCUCGUCCCCACCUACCGCGGCGCUGGCCGCGCUCGCCCGCGUCAAGGGCUGGCAGCUCCUCGCCGUCGGCGAUUCCCACACGCCCGCAGGGUGGGAGCUUAAGGGCGCCGUCUUCCUCUCCCUCGAGCUGCAGGCACAGCUCGGAUACCGCUCCGUCGACUUCCUGCCCUACGGCUCCCACGUCCGCAAGACGGCGGGCUACCUCUUCGCCAUCCAGCACGGGGCCAAGGUGAUCUUCGACGCCGACGACCGCGCCGAGGUGCCCGGGAACGAUCUGGGGAAGCAUUUCGACGUGGAUUUGGGAUCUGGAGUCACCAACCACCCAGUGCUGCUCCAGUACAGCCACGCGGAUCCCAAUCGCACAGUGGUGAACCCCUACGUGCACUUCGGCCAGCGGUCGGUCUGGCCAAGGGGGCUGCCGCUCGAUAAGGUUGGGGAGGUCGCCCAUGAGGUGUUCUACACCGAGGUCUUCAGUGGCCGGCAAUUCAUUCAGCAGGGGCUGUCGGACGGGUUGCCAGAUGUAGAUGCGGUGUUCUACUUCACUAGAAAACCACCAACUUCGGCGUUCGAUCUGAGGUUUGAUUCGGAAGCCCCGAAGGUGGCACUACCUCAGGGCAUGAUGGCACCAGUGAACUCGUUCAAUACAUUGUUCCAGUCACCUGCUUUCUGGGGGCUAAUGAUGCCAGUGUCUGUGAGCUCAAUGGCAGCAGAUGUGAUCCGUGGGUACUGGGCGCAACGGAUCUUGUGGGAGAUUGGUGGAUAUGUGGCUUUCUAUCCACCUACUAUUUACAGGAAGGACUAUAUUCAGGCAUACCCAUUUGCAGAAGAGAAGGAUCUUCAUGUGAAUGUUGGUCGGUUGAUCAAGUUCCUGAAUGAGUGGAGGUCAAACAAGAGGACACUCUUUGAGAAGAUUCUUGAUUUGAGUUAUGCCAUGGCUGAGGAAGGGUUCUGGACAGAGCAGGAUGUGAGAUUAACAGCUGCUUGGCUGCAGGACCUGCUCGCUGUGGGCUAUCGGCAGCCUCGGCUCAUGUCAUUGGAGAUUGAUAGGCAGCGUGCAACCAUCGGAGAAGGUGACAUGAAGGAGUUUGUGCCCAAGAAGCUGCCAUCUGUGCAUCUUGGGGUUGAUGAGAUUGGCACAGUUAACUAUGAGAUUGGAAAUCUUAUUAAGUGGAGAAAGAACUUUGGAAAUGUUGUGAUGAUCAUGCACGUUAGUGGGCCUGUGGAUCGCACAGCACUUGAGUGGAGGCUGCUUUAUGGAAGGAUUUUCAAGACGGUUAUCAUUCUUGCUGAGCAGAGCAAUGCAGAGCUUGCUGUUGAACGCUGCACGUUGUCACACGCUUAUAAGUAUUUGCCCAAGGUUUUUGAAAGAUACAGUGGUGCUGAUGGAUUUGUGUUCCUCCAAGACCACAUGGUUCUUAACUACUGGAACCUGAUGCAAGCUGACAAGGAAAAACUUUGGAUUACAAAUAAGAUUGCACAUUCUUGGGUUACUGUUCCAUUGGAGACGAAUAAAGAGGAAUGGUUUGUAAAGCAAGGUGAUAUGGUCAAGCAGGUCAUUGGCAGUUCCCCAGUUCAUUUCCAAACAAACUACAAGGAGAGCAUGGGCGAAGAUAAAAUUAUAUUCUGUGGUAGUGAACUAUUCUACGUGCCCCGGCGGUUUGUUGAGGACUUUGGUGACCUUGUGGGUCUUGUCGGCAAUUUGGAUUUGCAUCACAAGAUUGCGGUCCCAAUGUUCUUCUUGGCAAUGGACUCGACUCAAAAUUUUGACUCUGAUGCUCUGGCUGGAACAGUGUUCAGGCCACAGUUGCCAGCUAAUGCGACGUUCUCGUCUAUUUAUACAGCUCAAGCACCUGCUGUUUUCCCUGUGAAAGUUAUGAAUGAGAUUGAUUUCAUAAAGGUGAUUCGGCUAAUGUCCAUAGGAGACCCACUUCUGAUGGAGUUGGUUUAAAGGUGUUAUGUGUAGUUGAAGUGCAAGCUUAUCCUUGUGGCCAUGAGGACAGAGUAGAAAAGGCAUAGUUUUGUGUUUUCUGGUGUUUUUGUAAUUUCAUUUAUUUUGUUCAUUCUGUAGCUGUUUAUUCCUCUGCUGUUGUAUAUUGGUGUACCAUUAGUGACAAGGUUACUUGGGAUCUGCUCGGUCCAGCUGUCCUGCUGAAAGAAAGGACGGCCUGUCAGAUACGAGUCACGGAGAAGAGCUUCGCCCUGGCCAGCUACUGUUUUGCAAGAUUUUUUGGUUGCCAAUAGUAAAGAUCCACACUUGGGCAAUUUGUUGUACCAUUUAAACUGAUACAAACUCUCAGAGGAAUAUUUUGUUUUGUGCUCGUUGCAGAAAGCAUUGAUAUAAUGAAAAUUUGUAAGUUUGAGCAAAAAAAUCUUGAUUUGAUUAGAA